CGCUGCGAGUGAACGCCCCCGAAACCUACAUGGACGUGAACGCGUGUGUGAGCAAAUAGAGGGGAUCCACAGCGGGAGAUGAUCUGCUUGCUCAAGUCACCACCCUCAGCUGCCUCAGCUUUAGCCCCCAACCUCCUCACUCCCUCACGAAAAGGAAGAAGUCUAGAUCAAUAUCUUUUGGGAGGCCUGCGAAUUCAAAAUCUUCUACAUUCGUUAUAUCGCAGUGACCUCUGACAACUAAAUUGAUUUUGCUUAUUUUGUCUAUCCCCCAUCAAGUAACUUGUUGCCGCCGUUACGUGCGCUUCAGCUGCCUCUUCCUAAGCCGUUUGUGCACAUUUGAUCCUCUCUUUUAGGUUGACGAUCAUGACUACCACCGCUCAACCUCCGGCUCCUCAUACCCAUGAGAAUCCUCUCUUGGCUGCACUUCCUCCGGCGACCGAUUAUCUUACCUAUAGCACUCUCAUUGAAUACAAUCUAACGCCUGAUCUCCUUCCCACUCUCCACGAUGUUCUCCAGACCCCCGAACUGGCGGCCAAUAUUGGUUGGGAUCUCAUUCAUAUACUAGUUCCCAUGCUUCCCGCUUCGGCUCAGUGUCUAGAGGACAUAGCACGAUUAGGAAACCCUCGUGAGGUCGUGCUAAAAGUCGCUGAAUCAUUACGUCAUAUCGACUUUGCCCAAGAUUCAGCAGAUGUGCGCUCAGAGGCAGAUCACACAGAAGACCAGGGGAGACAAACGUUACAGAAGGAAGCGCGGCCUAGCUCAGGAGGUGACGCUGCAGAGCUCUCCUUACCCGUUCUCCAAUUCAACACCUUAGUCUCUCUCCUCUCUAUCCUUCACCCAAGAAUCAAGACGAAAUACCCUAGCCGCUUCCUCUCCACGACAUUGCAAGCUCUGCUCGCCACCUACUCAGAAGCUCCAACAGCCGAGACUACCAAUGCCCUCUUGCUAUUCGUCAAGAGUAUUGCCGGCGAGCGGCGACCCAGCCUACCUCCGAGACUCAGCAGCGGCUCCAUCAUCACGUUGUCUUCUCAAUCUGCGGCGCCGGAAUCGGGAGCCCAACCAGAACCUAUCUCGAGAGAAGAGCAUGCCCUGCAAAACAGAUUACUUCAAUCAUUUGUCACUCACAUUAUGGAGGAAUACAUGAUGUCAACGGCAUCAGACAUGGACCACCCUGGUCUGGCUUGGGCUAGCCGAUUCCAAGAAAAGGCUCGGCCUGAGAAGGUCGUGCCAAAUCGGAAGACGUUUGGAGAACUAUUCUUGACUGCAGAGGAGCUGCGUGACCGAGAGACGACAGCCGGUCAGAUCACAGCGCUGGCACGAGACCUUGGUCUUCAUUCCUCUGAUUUACUUGCUGCUGCGCAGCAAGCUGACACGAAUGACCAUCUUCACUUUGAACAAGAAGAUGAACCACCCUCUGCACCUGAAGAGAUUCCUCUUUCCCGAGCCGGAUCGCUCUUCCUCCUAACAGCUCGGAAGGCGUCAGCCUACAUGUUUGGAUCUACGCCAUUCCAAGCCGAGCAAUUCUACAUCUUCCCCGACCAUGCAAAGCUUGUGGAGAGCUUUAUUGGUACCGAGGCUUUUGGUGGAAUGGGUGGUGCUGGCACCGAGCCAUUUCCGAUCCUCGACGCCCUUUUAGCUUUGGGAGUUCUCGCUGUCAACGGGGGACAUAUCGGCCAGGCCGAGAGCGACGACGAAUUCAACCAAUAUCUUCAGACCAUGUCUUUGAUUUCUGCCAACACACCGGCAUCAAGUUUGCGUUAUCACGCUCAUACCUUGACUGCCUUGGUGCUGCACUCACAUCCGUCUGACAUUAUUCGCCUCUCUUACAUUCGAGACACUCUCGAACACUGUCCGCUAGAGAACCUCAAAGUGAGCGCGGUAGGGUGGCUCAAGACCGAGACACUUUCCGCAUCCCAGCAUACGCAGCCCGAUGACGCAUCCCACACCUCAGAACCGUCUGUCUUUUCAACACCUGUCGCACUGGAUACGGCAGCGCCGUUCCUCUUCCCUGACUUGUCGGCUGAUUACCCUGGUGCGUCCACGCUCCAGGGAUCUCACCUUCUCGAGAAAUGGACGACUUUCCGACUCGACUUACCUUUCUACCUCGCCUCCUUGAACUUUUAUUAUCUUUUAUUGUCGGCAACCCAUUUGCAUGCGGCGCUAGACAUCUCCAACCUCCACUCUAACAACGAUAUUGGCGGGUCCUUCCUCGGCCCGCUACGAGAGGCCUCAAAGGUAUUCCAAGCCUCCCUGAAAGACGGGCCCUUGGCGCAAGAAGAAGGCAAGGACAGCGCACAAGCUAGUAUCCUCGAGCUCGAAAUUCUAGACGAGACACUCCACCGCGUCACUCAAGCGGUGGCUAAGCUGAAUGUCGAAUAAAUUGCCCUUGUCCGCGUAUAGGAGUACAUUGGAGAAAGGGGGACCAGACGUCAUGACUAUAAGGUUUUGAGUUAAUGACCAUACUUACGAGGCCGCAGGCGGAUUCCUCCUUUAUAUUGUAUCGCUGAAUCAAGAAUGCUUUUUUAUGUCCAUUCAAUCGUUGCUUUUAGAGAUUAUUACAUGCCAUAUGUUCGGAUAGUUUGCAAAUUAAAUAAAUUGUCCGAUCCGCAUAUCGCCCGU